UGUGAGGGCGGCCUCCGCCCCGCGGUCUGUCCGUGUGGGGAUGGCGGGCGUGGACUGGGAGCCUCUGUGAACGGAAAAGGCAGGCGGGCGAGCGAGCGAGCGAGCGAGAGAGAGAGAGAGAGAGAGAGUGGGAGUAGGUGAAGCCUGCGGCCUGCUCGGUUGCCAAGGUGACGCGCGGCCUGGGACGGUGGGGGGGGGGCCUAACAAUGAGCUCCCGGGUGCGGCCUCAGCAGCAGCAACAGCCGGGCCGGUUCACUCCGGCCACCGGGCCCCGGGCCCAGGGAGCCGAGCAGCUGGAGAUGAGGCGGAUCCGGGUUCCAGGCCGCGGCGGCGGCGGCGGCGGCAGCGGCAGCCCCGCUUCCUCCGCCUCAGCCUCAGCAGCCGCCGCCGCCGCCGCCUCCUCCCGCCAGGCCUGGAGCCGGGAGAACCCGGGGUACGAGGCCGGGGAGGAGGAGGAGGAGGAACUGGACAUGGAGCUGGACUGGGCCGGGAUCAGCCCCGGAUGCCGCUCGGUCUCCAGCAGCGGGGGGGGCGGCGGCGGCGGGGGCGCGGGCGGGGGGAGCCGGGCAAACCCCGGUCUGAGCCCCACUCCCAACCCGGAGAACCAGCAGCUGAGAGCCGGCCUUCCCCGCAGCGUCCUGCAGAAAAUCCGAGCUUUAUGGGGGACACGUCUGACUGUGGAUCAAGCUAUUAGUAGAGAAAGAUACCUGAAGAACAUGCUGCGAGAGUUGGUGACAUACAUCAUUUUCAUGGUGAUUCUGUGUAUCUUGACCUAUGGGAUGGUCAGCUCCAACAUGUACUAUUACACCAAAGUCAUGGCCAAUCUGUUCCUAGAUACUCCUUUCUCUGAAAACGAGAAAACCAACUUCAGAAGCGUGUCCAACAUGGAUGAUUUCUGGAAGUUCACAGAAGGCCCUUUGUUAGAUGGGCUUUAUUGGGAUCUGUGGUACAAUAAUGAAACACUGGCUGAGAACAAAAGUUUCAUUUACUAUGAAAAUCUGCUUUUGGGAGUGCCUCGUGUUAGGCAGCUAAAAGUGAAGAAUGAAUCUUGUAAAAUACAUGAAGAUCUAAAAGAUGAAAUCAAGGAAUGCUAUGAUGUGUAUUCAGUUGCAAAUGAAGAUACGGCACCAUUUGGCCUUAUGUCUAAAACCGCCUGGAUUUAUACAAGCGAGAAAGAUUUGAAAGAGACCAGCUACUGGGGAUUAGUCGCUACAUACAGUGGAGCUGGAUAUUACCUGGACCUGGCAAGGCAUAGAGAUGAGACAGCAGCAAAGUUAAAAGUAUUGAAGGAGAACCUCUGGCUUGAUCGAGGCACCAGGGUUGUGUUUGUUGAUUUCUCUGUCUACAACGCCAACAUUAACUUGUUUUGUGUGAUCAGGUUGGUGGUCGAGUUCCCAGCAACAGGAGGUGCUCUUUCAUCCUGGCAGUUUCAGACAGUGAAACUUAUUCGCUAUGUAUCCUCAUUUGACUAUUUCCUGGCAGCCUGUGAAAUUGCAUUCUGUAUUUUCAUAUUUUACUACAUCAUUGAGGAGAUUCUGGAGAUCCAUAUUCACAAACUGUAUUACUUCAAGAGUGUGUGGAACUGUUUGGAUAUUGUGAUCAUUGUGCUUUCCUUGGUAGCAAUUUGCAUCAAUGUGUAUCGUACAUCAAUAGUCACUGAAUUACUCGGAGAGUUACUUGAGAACCAGAAUUCAUACCCCAACCUCGAGUCUCUGGCAUAUUGGCAGAUUCAGUUUAACAACAUGACUGCAGUGGUUGUGUUUUUUGCAUGGAUUAAGAUCUUCAAAUUUAUUAGUUUCAACAAGACCAUGACCCAGUUGUCUUCUACCAUGUCUCGUUGUGCCAAAGACAUCAUAGGCUUUGCCAUCAUGUUUUUUAUUGUUUUCUUGGCUUACGCUCAGCUGGCAUACCUUGUCUUUGGCACUCAGGUUGAUGACUUCAGCACUUUCCACACCUGCAUCUUUACUCAAUUUCGCAUAAUUCUGGGAGAUUUUGACUUCACCAAAAUUGAAGAAGCUGACCGGAUUCUGGGACCAAUUUAUUUUGUCACUUUUGUGUUCUUCAUUUUCUUCAUUCUCCUGAACAUGUUUUUGGCCAUCAUUAAUGACACCUACUCUGAAGUGAAAUCCGAUAUGGCCCAGCAGAAAAGUGAGAUGGAACUCGCUGACCUUAUUAAGAAGGGGUGCAGCAAGGCCAUGGUGAAACUCCGGCUGAGGAAGACAACAGUAGAUGACAUCACAGAGAAUCUGCGUCAAGCUGGAGGAAGACUAAAUUUUGAUGAGUUACGACAGGAUCUGAAGGGGAAGGGUCAUACUGAUGCGGAGAUAGAAGCAAUCUUUGCCAAAUAUGAUCAGGAUGGAGAUCAGGAACUAACAGAACAUGAACGUCAGCAGAUGAGGGAUGACUUGGAGAAAGAGCGGGAUGAUUUGGACUUGGAUAGGAGCUCAUUACCUCGGUCAACUAGUGGCCGAAGCUUCCCACGGAGUAUGGAUGAUUCUGAGGAGGAAGAUGAAGAAGACAGUGGUCACAGUUCAAGGAGGAGAGGCAGCAGCUCCAGUGGGGUAUCCUAUGAGGAGUUUCAAGUGCUGGUGAGGCGUGUGGAUCGUAUGGAGCAUUCCAUUGGGAGCAUAGUGUCAAAAAUCGAUGCAGUCAUUGUUAAACUGGAGGCCAUGGAGAGAGCCAAGCUGAAAAGAAGAGAUGUGCUGGGCAGAUUGCUGGAAGGUGUCACGGAGGAUGAGCGACUGGGUCGUGACAAUGACAUUCACCGAGAGCAAAUGGAGCGUUUGGUGCGAGAGGAGCUGGAACGCUGGGAGUCCGAUGAGACGGUGUCACAGCUCAGUCAGCACCUCGGAACGCCUCUGGGAAUAAAUGGCAGAUCUCGGUCCCGCAGCUCCCGCCCAUCCUCGUCUCAGUCUACUGAUGGCCUGGAAGCUGGGGGGCUAGGAGGUAGUCACGUUUAGUCUAUUAAUGCCAUAGGCAGUAGAUCCUUCACAUAUAUCCAUAAAUGUCCGUUGUCAUGGCGGCUUGACAGCUCAUCAGCAUUUUUACUUUAUUUCAAAUCUUUUUCACCCAGAUGUGCCUUGAUCCGCAGAGCUUGAAUGAUUGCGCACACUUUGGGAUGAAUUACAAAACAUGCAAACGUGCAUUUUAGUAAACUCUCUUAUUUGUAUGGAAUGAAGGAAUUGACUGUUUAAUGCACAUUUCACCAAGGAAUUCAAAGAAUGUUUCAGCUUUGGAAGCAUCAGAGUAUUUUAAUAAGGCCUCUCUUAACAAUGUUUCUGGCAAAACUUAAAUUGGAAACUGUAAUUUGCCUGUAACUAAAAGAUUAAUUGGCCAAAACUAUUUCGUACAAACUUGUGAACUUACAACUUUCAUACAAGAUUGAAUCACCAAGGAAAAGUUUUAAAACUGUUCAUAUUGAGCCUAGGUUGUAAACAAGUCUCUGAGGGACUUUCUUUUUAGUGCCUUUAUCACAUCUCAAAUGUACAAUAAGAUCCUUCAUCUCCCAGUUUCUUGGAUGGCAGGAAUUGUAUGUAAGCAGUCCAAGUAAACAUGUUACAUGAGUGAAUGCUUAAAAAAAAUUAUUUGGAAACUUUUUUUGGAAUAUCCAUUGAACACAAAUGUUUACUUCAUCAGAUUAAGAGCAAAGAAUUUCCAAGUAGCCUGUGCAGAGAACCAAACGCAUCUAACUCUGUUUUUCAAAAAAAAUAAAUUGUAUUUAAAUGGUUACAUUUUCAAAUAGGGAAGGAAAGUGCAUUUGCCAAAUGAAAAUCUUGUAAGAAUAUCUUUUUACCUAUUGUAUACGUUUUCCUGAAUAGCCUAGGUUUUUGACAUUACAUGAUGUUGAACCAGAAUUUACUUGUAGAUAAAAACAAAAAACUGCGGAUGCUGGAAAUCCAAAACAAAAACAGAAUUACCUGGAAAAACUCAGCAGGUCUGGCAGCAUCAGUGGAGAAGAAAAGAGUUGACGUUUCGAGUCCUCAUGACCCUUCCACAGAACUUCCAGACCUGCUGAGUUUUUCCAGGUAAUUCUGUUUUUGUUAAGAAUUUACUUGUACCUAUUAAUGCAUCACACAAUUUUCAUGAACCAAGUAAAGCCUAUAAUAUGUGAUGUGUAGGAACUUUUAACAAACUUCAUUUUGAAGUGCAUAAUUUCAUGGGGUAUCCAUGUUGUGUCUUGACGCUGUGCGUGCCAAUGCAUAAAGUGUGUAGUUUUGUAGAAAUUGGGUUUUUAUAUUUCCUAUGUUUUAUAAUCUCAUCAAAUAUUCAGCUUCAAUUUAAUUAUCUCUUCAUGUGUAAUGAAACUACUCAUUUAGCUUUUAGAACUGUGGUAGAGGCACAACUUUUGAUAGAUUGCAAGUCUUCCUUUGUGUGGAUCUUAAAGGUCACAGGCCUGUUGUAUUCAAGCACUUUACUUAAUAAAGAAUAUCAUUUUCUGCA